AUGAGUCGAAUUCUCCUGGGACUCCUCAAGCUGGGUGAGUCGACUUCACGGUGCCGCACAAGGCGAUUGAGUUUAAACCUUGUGACAAGAUCAAACAAGGGCAAAAAUGAGUUUGAAACAGAGGUGAAGACAAUUGGUUCUAUUCACCAUGUAAACUUGGUACGCCUCAUUGGCUUCUGCAGCGAGGGAAACUACCGCAGACUGUUGGUGUACGAGCACAUGGAGAAUGGGUCUUUAGACAAGCACCUCUUCAACAAUACAUUUGUCCUUCCAUGGCUUGCACGCUUCAACAUCGCUCUUGGCAUCACAAGAGGAAUGAAUUACUGUCAUGACUAUUGUCAAUCGUGUAUUGUGCACUGUGAUUUGAAGCCCCAGAAUGUCCUUCUCGAUGCCCACUUUGCUCCCAAAAUAUCAAACUUUGGCCUAGCAAAGCUCAUGUCGAGGGAACAAAGCUGCACUCUUACAGUUUUAAGAGGAACGAGGGGCUAUCUGGCACCAGAAUGGUUUGUUGAUGUUCCCAUCACUGUGAAAGCAGAUGUGUAUAGCUAUGGCCAAUUGUUGUCGGAGCUCGUCAGUGGAAGAAAAAACUUCAUUCCCACAGGAAGCCCCAGAAAGCAAUAUUAUCCUCGUUGA